AUGUCUGGCAAAAAACGCGCUUCCCCCGGCGCAGACGUCGAGAAAAAUCCUCUGGCAAAUGUCGAACUCAACGAUGAAGAUGCUCAAAAACUCCAGAACAUUCAAAAAGAUAUCCAACGCGUCGAACUCGUCAUAGAGCGCCAGGCUAUGGAAAAACUGAACCCGGUCUACGAAAAACGCCGCGCUGUUGCUAAAUCAAUAGAGAAAUUUUGGCCUGUGGCUCUUAUGAACAACACCAUGAUCUCUUUUCAUGCACAACACACUAUUGAUCAACUUGCGCUGAGCUACCUUGAAGAUUUAUGGAUCGUUCGCGAUCCUAAGGAGCCACGAUGCUACACUAUUGAAUUCUAUUUCAAGGCAAACCCAUACUUCACUGACUCCGUCUUGAAAAAGGAAUACAAAUACGUACCUCCACCUGCCGCUUCAGACGACAACCCCGAUGAGGAUGGUAUCACCGACUCCAUGCUCGAGUUCUCCUGGGCCCGUGAUGUCCAGCCUUCCGCAACUCCUAUUCAUUGGAAGGAUCCUGAGAAUGCUCUGACUAAACUCCACCCCCGCGUGGCUGAGGAAGCUGGCAGCUUCUUCAACUUCUUUGAGAUUGCAGAUGACCCCUUUGAGGUGAAUAGUGUCGAUUAUUUUAUGGGUAAUGUUGCUGGUGACGAACUUGAUUCUGAGGAGGAGGACAGCGAAGAUGAUGACGAUGAUGCUGAAGAAAUUGAUUUGGAGAAACCAAGGGCGAAAAAACAAAAGAAGGAAUAG